UUUCCAGAUUGCAGAUCUUUUAAAUGGGGAAAAGGAAAAGAAUUUUUAGUACAAUUAAUCCUUUUGAGUUAAAGCACUCUAGAAAAAAAUUUUUAGAAGGUCCUAGCUGUUCUCUCAACUAUUUUCAAGAUGAUAGUGAUUUGAUAUCAAAUAAGACUGAGAAGAAGAAGAAGAUUGAUGCAUAUAAAAUUGCCCUAGAAUGUGUAAAUAAUGAUUGGAGAAAAAUUAAAUACCGAUGUGUGAGGAGUGAAUCUGCUUCUGAGAGUAGCUCCAAGGACAGGUAUGAUGUAGCUAGAAAUGUGUUGCAAUUUGAUAGAAAAUAUGUUCGAGCAACCGAAGACAUUCAACAGUGGAAGAUACUUAACAACAUUAAAGAUUUCAAUUUAGAUUACAUUGUGAAGAAUGUUUCUAACGAUGAAUUUAUGAAUGAUAUUAUACAGGAUCUGCAUUUAUUAGCCACAAGAAACAAUCUAGAUACAGCACAUAAAUUUAGAAAGAUGUUAAGUGAUGAAUAUGAUAUAUUUUCAUAUUUUAAAAAGAAAAACUUGAAGCGAAAUUUUCCUGGAACCGAAACUGUUGUUCUCUUAAGCAUAAUUUGCCGAAUUUAUUCCACUGGUGUAACGCAGCAUCCAGUUAUGUUACCUGCAACGAUAUAUAUGUGCGACAUAUUGAGUGCAAACUUUUAUCAGUCUUAUAGUAACAUCACUAUUAGGCUUUACGUUUGCGAAUUAUUAAAGAAUUGCAUCUCUGAGUCAAGAAAAUUUAUCCCAGAAUGUAUUCAGUUUUUGAAAAAUGUUUUUGUCUUAGCCUUGGCAAAAAACAUAAAAUCUCAGAAGUUUCAUCUGAUGAUUGCCGAAAAAGUUUCAGUUGAAGAAAUUCCAACCUUGCAAUUGUUUCCAAAAGAUAAAAAAUUGACUGCACUGAACAAAAAAGUUGGUAUAAUUUUCGCGGCCGCUAAUCUGACAUUUUGUUUUGCUACCCUGUACAAGGAAUACCCUUCAUGCAAAUUUGCAUUCCAGCCAAUAUUAGACACCCUCAUCCAGCUUCCUGUUCAUCUUUAUCCUGUAGAAAUGGAGACGCUGAUUAGGAGACUCAUUGAAUUUCUAGAGCGAGAGACUCCUCCCUUUCGCCAUCUUACACAGACGACUAAACCGAAAUCCUUAAAGAUCUUGGAACCGGUGUUUGAGUGUCAAUACGAGUCUCUUGAGAAUUAUGAACGGCAACAAAAAAAUCUAAAUAUCAAAGACAAUAAGAACAAGGUAAAACUCAGCAAAGAGUGUGAAAAGUUAAAAAGAGUGAAACAGAAAAUCAGAAAAGAAGAGAGGAGUCUUCUGAAGGAAAUCAGAAAAUCUGCUAAGGCCGCUGCAGCUGUUAAGUUAGAAGAAAAGCUGACAUUGGAUGCAGAAAGGGUAAAAAAGACAGCAAAAAUAUAUAAUGAACUUGCAGUGCAAGAACAUGAGUUUAAAAAAAUGAUAAAAAAGAAAUAAAAGUUUUUUUUCUUUCA